AUGUCGUACGUGGACCAGAUGCUGCAUCUGUCAUUCCCGCCGGAGGCGUUCUACAACGGUGGGAGCCUGCUUAUGCGGGCCAUCACCCCCUUCCGCAGCGGAGACACGGUGACGUUCGCAGGGGAGGUAACUGGGCGCAGGCAGGAGGGGGACAAGGGAAUCGUCGAGUGUCGGGUGCGGGGGACGAACCAGCGGGGCGAACUGGUGUGCCUGGCCGACGCCUCGCUUGGCGUGGGGUAG